AUGACCAAGAUCAUAGACAACAUCGCCAAACUGAGAGCGAGGAGGUACGAUCUCCUCAGAGUCCACAGAGCAGACCAGCAAAACUUCAGUCCACCUGAUCAUGUGUUGCUAUGGCUGUUCCUGUGGGUGCUGUGGGGACAGAUGCAGACCUUGGUUAGAGCGUUGUCCGUAGAUGCGCUCAUCAACGAGUGCAGCUUUAACCAAACUCUGAGAGCUGCCCCUGCUGAGGACGGGGUGCAGCUUACUCCAUGA